GGCGCCGCUGACCUCGCCGGGUCCACUUCCGGGGGUCGAGCGGCCGCGCUCUCCCGGCAGGGAUCUGGGUUCCGGCAUCUGCUUGGCCGCCGCUCCCCUCAGACCCGCCCGGCGAGAUCCAGCCGAGCCGCGGCGCCCGCCCCGGUCCGGCCAUGAGCGCGGUCGCAUGAUGCAUCCCUGCCUCGGUCGCUUCAGCCGCCGCCGCCGCCGACGCAGGCCGGGAGGAGCCGCCGCGCCGGCGACCCCGCCUGGGCCUCGGAUCCUCUCACAUAGGACAGCAUGCACCUUAAGAUCCUGAAGAAAAGGCGCAAAAUGCUCAAGUAAUGUUUAGAAAUAACUUGUGAGAUUAUCUUUGUACAAUGGCCCAGGGUGAAUCGUAGCCGGCCCGGGCCAGGCGGCCUGUGCGUGUGUGCGUUUCCCCGGGGCCUGUGUGUUUCCUGUGCGUCCCUCUGCCCGGCGAGGCCGGGGAAUCAUGCAGUCAUCAGGACACAGGCUCCGAGACGUCGAACACCACCCUCUCCUGGCUGACGGUGAUAACCACGAGUCCUCCGAGGCUGAUGCGGCCAACAGGGUCUGGUUCAUCCGGGACGGCUGCGGCAUGAUCUGCGCCGUCAUGACAUGGUUGCUGGUCGUCUAUGCAGACUUCGUGGUGACGUUCGUCAUGUUGCUGCCUUCCAAAGACUUUUGGUACUCUGUAGUCAACGGAGUCAUUUUUAACUGCUUGGCGGUCCUCGCCCUGUCUUCUCACCUGAGAACAAUGCUCACCGACCCUGGGGCAGUGCCCAAAGGGAAUGCUACAAAGGAGUACAUGGAGAGUCUGCAGCUGAAACCCGGCGAAGUGAUCUACAAGUGCCCAAAGUGCUGCUGCAUCAAGCCCGAGCGUGCUCACCACUGCAGUAUUUGCAAAAGAUGUAUUCGGAAGAUGGAUCACCACUGCCCGUGGGUGAACAAUUGUGUGGGAGAAAAGAAUCAGAGGUUUUUUGUGCUCUUUACUAUGUACAUAGCUCUGUCUUCAGUCCAUGCUCUAAUUCUCUGCGGAUUUCAGUUUAUUUCCUGUGUCCGAGGGCAGUGGACUGAAUGCAGUGAUUUUUCACCACCAAUAACUGUAAUCCUGUUGAUCUUCCUGUGCCUUGAGGGUCUUCUGUUUUUCACUUUCACUGCAGUUAUGUUUGGCACCCAAAUCCACUCAAUAUGCAACGACGAAACGGAGAUUGAGAGACUGAAAAGUGAGAAGCCAACGUGGGAGCGGAGGCUGCGGUGGGAAGGGAUGGAGUCUGUCUUUGGGGGGCCCCCUUCCCUCCUCUGGAUGAAUCCCUUUGUAGGAUUCCGAUUUAGGCGACUGCAAACGCGAACCCGGAAAGGAGGCCCGGAGUUCUCUGUCUGAGGCUCCUCUCAUCUUGCUGGAACCUGCUGACAGACUUUAUUUGGGGUCUGAAAGGGUACCACUGGCUCAUCUGUGAUCAAUAGGGCAAACUGAACCUACUCAAACCAAUUGCUUGCAGCAAGCAGAGUUUUAUAUAUUUAUAGUCACAGGUGGCAGAUUUUCCAAACUAAUAACUGGAUGAUGCUCUAAUCAGUUUUCACCUGAACACCUAAUGAAAAGUGUGUGGCCACACGAAGAAGCCAAAUGUCAAUAUCUUCCUGCACAGUUAGGAUUUUUGUUAAGAAUACUUUGCAUUUUAUAAGAAGUUGUUUGGGAUAUUAUGUGGGUUAUUAAAACCCUGUGUACUGAGCUGCAUUUUUCAAUCAUGAAGAAAAAAUCAAUGUUGUGAACAAGAAUUCUCAGACUAGUGUUUCAGGGAAUUCCUGUUUCCCCAUGAUUCCUUAAUGCUCCCCCUUGAUCACAAAAGGGGCGUUUACUUGGAAAUACAUCUUGGUCUUGAUCAGCUCUUACACGUAUUUUGCACUGAAGUUGCAAAAGAUCUGGGCAGUGAACAGCACGGCGGCUUCCGGGUUCCAGGAACACUCCCCAGUGCUGCCCGAGAGGCGUCCCUCGACCCUUUCAGCAAGUCUCGUGUGCGUGCAUGUGUGUGCGUGCAUGUGUGUUUUUAAACCGGCAGUGUUGUUUAGACGAUAGAGCAUUUAACGGCUGUGUACAGCAAACAAGCUAUUUUUAGAAACCGACGUUUCAGGGACGAGGGGAGAGCUGCUACGGUGUCCCCUCCAGUGGGGUUGACAUGAAUGUAUUGCAGCCUGGAGAGCGUCUUGAUCCAAAGAACAGAGUCCCACGUGGUCUUCUGUUGCCCCCCUGUUUUAAUUUCAUUUUUAAAUUUUGGGUGCACGAGGACCCUGGCACUGAUUUUUUUGUUGUUGUUCCAGCCAAGUCUGUAAGAGAUGGAAGCUCACUGUGGCCCGCACACUUCACUGUAGCACACCCAGCAGGGACACGCAAGAGGAAACCAGGUGUUUGCCUUUUGGGGUCACUGAGAUGGUGCAGGGACCAUGGGCAGCAAGCCCUGUAGUGGGGGCGACGCUUCGCGCCUUGCUGACAGCUGACAGUAGGAAGCAGGUUAUGAAAACAUCGAAGCAGAGAGGAAUAUUCCAAAAGGAACUGCUGGCUUGAUUUUUGGAUUUCAUUUGUUUCUUUACCCAUGCCCCACCCCCCACCCCCCAUGAUAAAAUAGGAACGAACCUUGGUGCAGAGCUCAAAAUUAUGCCAGAAAGCAAACAGCUCCCCUCUUUGGAGACUUGCCUUAAACUUGCCUGGUUUGUACAUUUUUUUUGCCAGAUGCAUCAAGAAGCAAUCUCUAUAACAGAUUCUAGAGGUCUUCAUUUCAUUUUACCUCCCACACCAAGGAAAGUUGGUGUUUCCCUCCCAGUCAUUAUGCCUUCUUAUCUGUGAACUUUUUUAAAAAAAUUAAUCUGUACCCUAAAUUCAUCAGGGCUUAUACCACUGUUGAUGCAAAGUCACAAUGGGACCUACUUGAUACACAGUCGGUAGCCAAGUGAACAAAACCAUGUGACAUUCUGAAAUGGCAUCAGUCACUGCGGAACCACGUGAGCUGGGAGGGCACCAAGGUGGCCAGAGGAGCAGACACCCAUCGUGGGUGGCCAGGAGACACGGGCCUCCAGAGGUUGUUUUGCAUAUUCAUUUGCACAUCUGUUGUUUGGGUUGGACAUGUGUACUGGGCUUCAAUGUGAGACGUUUAGUAUGUAUAUCCUGUUUAUCAAUAAAAAAAUUAUCGAAGUGGUUGAAUCCUGUGCGACUUGGCAAGUGUGUGCAAGUCAAGUAUACUUGACUUUUGAGCUCUACUUUCAAUGUAACUUUUAUAUGAAAUAAAGUAACCAACUGAGAGUUCUCAAAGAA